AGAACCGAACGACGAAAGCUGCGAGCGCGCGUUUUCAGCUGCCGCAGUACUUGCGCACAUGUCGUGUUGAGAAGGCGGUAUUUUACCGAACGCUCUUCCACCAAAAAAAAAAGUCGUGAAAUCGUGCAGUUCGGGUCAAUCUAAUAAACACAGGGAAGCGAAAUCUCGCAUCCGGUGGAAUUCGACAAAUUCGUGAUCAAUAAUUGCAGUCAGAUUGCAUCGUGUUUGCCGGGAUUGGGCUGGUAAGGUUGCACUGAUUCCGGUGAUAGGACAAGCAUAUCUUCGUUCGGAGUGUCAGUGAGAAGUGAUAGCACCUGUUCAGGGUGUCAAUCGAGUCUAGUGAUAUACUGAAAAGCUUGAAUUGAUUUUUGUUGAGCGAAGAUGAUUGACAGUCUGGAGUCGAAGAUAACGUUCGAGAUACCCAAUAACCUGGAUUUCAAUAAGUUCAUCCGGGAGAACAACUACUCGUCGUUUUGGCAGAAUCUCCACCAGCAGGAAACAGUGGCCAGGGUCGCUGCAAUGAGUUCUCUCGGGAUGGGGGUCAGUGAGCCGCUGCUGACAAGUGAAUACAACGCCAGUGAUUUCAACCUGUUGAGUAGUUUGCAGAAUUUCGCUGGCCGAGCCGGGCCAGUUGGGUUCAGUGCUGACGGAAGCGAACAGCUGCUGGAUCCCACCUACGAGCGGUUCAUCGGAGAUGUAUGGGUGGGCAUCGUGCUGACGCUGAUGAUACUGUCGUCGAUAUUUUGCAUGUGUUCCUGCUUCCUGUACCACAAGUUUCGACAGUGGCAACGAAGUGUUCUCACCGCCAGGUCACAGACGCUCUCCUCGAUGGACCUGGAAACGCCUCCGCCAUACGACGUAGAAUCCCUGCCGAGCUAUACGAUAGUAUCGGGCCUGCCGAGCUACAACGAUGCCAUCGAGCAGCUCAAACAGAAACAGCAACAGAAAAGUCCCGGUGGCCACUUGGAGCCGGUCAAGCUUCAACGACCUUCGGUCAUCAAACUCUUCGAAUCGCAGUCACAGGAUUUACUCGCUGGCGCAAAACUGGAGGAAAUCCGCUACAACUUUGCAAACAAUCUCACCACCAGCGUUGUGUCGGAAAACUCCUUCGACGUUACGCCGACUACCAGCAGCAAUACGGCGGUAAAUGCGACGACGGUUGCAGUUGCGCCCAAUUUCAAAACCCAAGUUUCCACGAGUAUGCCGAAAAAGUUUACCGUUUGCAAUUACAGUGUGGAAAAUGAACGAUCUGGCAGUUAAGUUGGUAGAAAGGUGGUAUGGAACAAGUACCUUUCGCUAGAAGGAGCUUUCACGAGAGAAAACUACGACUGUGUUAUUAAUCUUUAAUUCAUUCCAUUAAAUGCGACUGUAGGGCAUAGUUAGGUGUACAUAUAAGAUGACGAUCCUUCAGAAGGAGGGUUAUAUUUACUACGACUACUACUUUGUGCCAGUUCCGUAAUUGUUAAUGCAAACAAUCUGCUGAGAACGGUUAUCUCAGACGAACAAAUCAAUUAUGAAGUACAUAUACAUAUGAUAUAGAUAGAAAACUGCUUCCUUAAUUCCAAGACUUAAAUCAUAUUAUGUGAAAUAUAGUCUAUCUAUCAACAGAGAAAGUGAAUAACAA